UUCAUUUCUCAUCCCCGCAGGUUAAUCGGGUGCACCCAUUAACCGGCACUGGUAUUGUGCUCUCUCAAGCCUGAAUCUCCAUCCUGCCUCCCUCCCCAGAAAGAAAAGAACAUGGCGGCUGCGACUGCAAGGCAGCUGUUGGUCCACAGGAUCACUACCUCCUGCUCCUCAGGGACGCUUCCCAAGCACACUUCCAGCAGCCAUGGCCGCUCUGCUUACAGCUCCAUGUGCUUCAACAAGGCCGAGAAGCUCCCCAGUUUCAGGGCAAGAGUGUCCGUGAAACCGCCGCGCGCCGUGCCGGGGAAGGGCGGCAUUGUGCCGGCCGACGAUGACGGGGUCAGCCUCGGCACCGUGAAGCUGCCCGCCAACAUCGACGUCGCUCGGUUCGAGGGGUUGCUCUUUCAGUGGGGAAACAGUCUAUGCCAAGGCGCCAUGUUGCCACUGCCAGUGCCUAUCAAGGUGGACAAGGUGGAGGGCGGGAUCAGGCUAGGGUUCAUCGGGAUCGACGACGGCGCGACCUCGCUGCUGGCCUACAUCGACUGCCUGGUGUCUCCGGCGACCGAUGGCUCUGGGUUUGUGUUCCGAGCAAUCAGGAACGGUGCUAUGAAGGACAUGGAGCCGCCUGGGGAGCCCCGGAUCAUGAGGAGCCUCCUCAUGGCGCUUCAGAAGUCCAUCCAGAUUGCGCGAGUUUGACAAGCCUGUUCAGAUUCUGCAAGUUUGACACUGAAGAAGGAAUAUGAUGCAGCACGAUUGCCUUUCUCUGUUGAUACAAUUUGUAAUCCCUAUUUUUCAAGGUCUCCUUUCAUGUUCUCUUCCAAGAUAAAGAUAUAAAUUCCAUUAGAGGAAGUAAUGCUAAACAA